UCAAAUAAUACAUAGUAACAAUGAUUAUAGGUUUUUGUCUCCUGUGGAUGGAAUCUAAAGAGGAUAAUGUUGCACUUACAAUCAUCCAAAGAGAUAAUACAUUAUCUAUAGAUGAAUCUCUACUAAUGUCCUUGUCUCAUAACAAGCCAAAAAAAUCGGUGACUACUACAAUAGUUCCGAAAGAUUAUAUUUGCACGCAGGGUGAUCUUGCACUCAUCGAUUGGAUUAAAGAAAUCCCUUGUGAACCAAGGGUAGAAGUCGUGCUUAUUGAUGAUGCUUUUGUGGAAAGGAAGUGGAUGGAAUGCCUAUUUCAACCGGACGCAUAUCUAGGUGAUGAGGUGAUAGACUGUUACAUAAAUUUAAUAAAAGCUCAAGAGCAUCUAAAAUGCCGAUCUGGAGGUCGUGUACACAUAGAAAAUGCUUUUCAGUUCAACUUUCUAAAGCGAGACGGUGAUGUUGAAACUAAAACAGAUGAGUUAUAUCCAAGUAAAGACAUGGCACAAAUAUCUAGCGCUGAAAGAAGGGUUUUACUUUAUCUAGACCAUGACAUGGUGUUUAUUCCAAUAAAUAUCCGAGAAAUGCACUGGUAUCUUGCCGUGAUCAAUGCAAGAAAUAUGGAGAUACAAGUGCUCGACUCACUUGGUACAUCAUCCGGUCGCAAUGACCUCAUUGACACUAUAAAAGGACUCCAAAGACAAAUUGAUAUGGUAUCUCAGCGUAAGGAGUUAAAAGAUCAUAGGUGGCCAGACCUCCGAGUUGCUUCUUGGCCACUUAGAGAAAUAGAAAUGGAAUAUGCAAAGCAAACAAAUAGCUCCUCGUGUGGCCUCUUUCUACUAAACUAUAUCGAAUACUGGACAGGGGAUGAACUAUCUGAUAAUUUUACCCAGGACGACAUGUCACACUUUAGGAAAAAAUUGGCUGCUAUAUUACUAUCUUCAGAUAUAAACAAGAGAAAGGGGUGUCCGUUAUACAAGUAUGACAAAGAAGUCGAUGCUGGAUGCUCCUCUGAUGUUCAGAUAUUAGAUAGUCCCACAAAUCCUAAGAAGAGGAAACUACUUUGUGUAUCUGAAGAAAACGAAGUAUUGAUGGAAGAUGAUGUUGGCCCCAUCACUCAAGCAGACUUAGAAAGGUGGUUUGUUCAUGAUUGGGAUAAAAGAACUCCUAUAAAAAUCCCGACCGAUGAGUGCACUAAUGAGUUUUUACUGAGUGGCCUUUCCACAAAGGACAUGCCAGUUACCAAAGCCGAUUUAAUAGAUGUUCUAUGUGAUUACAUUAUGACAAUCCAAGAUGAUACGACAUUAGAGAUGACAUGGGUGCGAAGUUUCAACCCUUUUAAGAUAGAAAUAUCUGUCAAAGACCUGCAAAACGUAUUAAGGGUAAAUCUAGAUAUGACUCUAAAAUGUUUUGACAUGGCUGUUCGAUUGUUGGCCAUUAAAGAGUCACAUAUGUCGAAAGAUGAAAUGAUAAAGGAUAAAAAACAUUAUAUGGACAUGCGCUUCUGGGUUCUUAUGCCAUGGAAAUUCAACGAAUGCUACGCACUUUUCAUAAUCGAUCAUGGUAAAAAGCACGUAACUUUUAUAGACUUUACACCCACUGAAGAUUGGUGUAAACACAUGCCAUACAAGAGGUUUGCAGAAGCAAUUAUCAUGGCCUCCAAGAAAUAUAAGAUUGCCUACAAUAAGAAACGUUCUGGAUGGGCAGAUGAUAUUUUUAAGUGGGAACAUACAAUUCGAUCUGGUCUUCCAUUGGACUUAAAAGGGGUUAAUACAAGCUACUUCGUUCUACAAGCUAUGGUCAUGUGGGGGAGUGGUAGACGAAUGGAAUUUAAUAGGGAUACAAAGAUUCUUCGAAGGAACUUUGUAAUUGAUCUAUUAAGUUACGAGGAGAAUUCAUGCCGCUAUGCUAUCCCUCCAAACAUACAACAACGACUUAUCAGUAUCGCUAAAAAAGAUUAGAUUAAUGUACGGUUGUUGACAUAUUUGACUAUUAUUAGAAAUUGUAAGACAAGUUGAUUCGUGCAAUACCGAUGGUGCAUCAACAAUAGGCGUGUAGAACUACAUAUUUUCCAUGUCUUCUUUUUCUCGUGUAUUAUUUUCCAAGUCCGAAGAACAUCCGCCAUGAUAUACACUUUCUUGUGCAGGCCACUUUUUUGUGUGCUUGUAAUUGCAACUCUAUUGCCUUUUCGUCCUGUGGAGAGGUUAGUCCACCUAAUGUUUUCAGGUCCC